AGCGCACAGUCCCCUCAUGUGCGUAAACGCGUAGAGCGCUGGACUUGGCUGGCGCACAAAGCUCUCUGUUUGGCUGGGAAAAGAAACCUUUCCAUGAAUUUAUUAGCAUAGAAAAGGGCUGCAUGCUAUGGCGCAAAAUGAGAUAUGACCGUCAUCCAUCAAAUGGAAAUGACGAACAUUUCGUUUUUAAAUUCGUCUUCCAACGUGGAACGUUCGUAGAAAACCCAACGAUCCAUCUUUUGCGGCACCAAGGACGCAUAACUCACUUUUAUUCGGAAGAGGUUCCCUAUAGCGGUCCCUGAGGAUGAUUUGAACUUCAUCUGUCAACAAAUAUUCCUGGGUGGACAUCGGAAAAAUACUCCAGGACUCAUCUGGACACUUUGCGCAAUGCGUAAUUGGCAGGGAAAUGCGUUUGUCUGUUAAAUAGACGACACAGAAUGUUGGGACUCAUCUCUGCAGGAAGGUGUUUAUCGCACCGUGUAUGUUGUAAACACAGCAGAAACAAGGAUGGCAGUGUCUAACAUGCUCGGAACAGGUCGACAUGAGAUGCUGGUGGCGCUCGGUUGGCUGUUUUUGUUUGUGACGCGGAGCGGAGCAGUUUCUAGAUGUGUGGACCAUGCCUGUAGUCCUCCCAUAGGGAAUCUGGCUAGUGGCAGGACCCUCCUCACCCUCUCAAGCUGCUGUGGGAACAGCACUCUCCACCACCAGGACACUCACCCACCUGCUCACAUGACUGACGACCCUUUCUUGCAUCCGGACACCUGGUGGGCAUCAGGUGGAGGUACCACCACGCAGGAGCAGCAGGAUGAGAUACGAUUGGAUCUGGAAACACAAUUCUGUCUGACUCAUGUUGUGCUGGUGUUCAGGUCACCACGGCCUGCUGCCAUGAUCAUUGAACGUUCAACUGACUUUGGAAAGACCUGGGACGCUGUAAAGUUCUUUGCAUACAAUUGCAGCGUGGAAUUUGGUUUGCCUGAUGACUUUAAUCAGCCAGGCUCACUGUGUACAUCUCGUUAUACUGGUGCUGCACCCUGCAGUGGAGGAGAGGUCAUAUUUCGUACUCUAGACCCCAGCGGUGCUAAAACACUCGACCCCUACAGUCCGGAGGCCCUUGCCCGCCUGACCCUCACAAAUCUCCGCAUCAGACUGCUAAAAGCUCAGACUUGUCCUGCAUCUCUGAACCCUUCAGCAGAACCGACAAGCCUCACAGUUUCAGCUCUGACUGCCACACCCACUGCAGAAAGCCGAGCCUCAGCACCUUAUGCCAUUUAUACUUUACUGGCCAGAGGGACCUGCCUGUGCCAUGGGCAUGCCGAGUACUGUGUUCCAUACAACAACAGUCAAGACGAAAGACAGGACAGCAACAUGGUGUUUGGUAGGUGUCUGUGUACUCACCACACAGCAGGGGAUCACUGUGAGAAGUGUGCGGCGCUCUACAACGAUCGUCCCUGGAGGCCUGCCAACGGGAGCAGUGGGGAGUCCAACCCAUGUCAGAAGUGUGAGUGCCACAGCCAUGCAGACAGCUGUCACUUCUCUCAGCGGGCGUGGAUUUCCUCUGGCGGCACCAGUGGGGGGGUUUGUGACAACUGCCAACACAAUACUGUUGGCCGUCGAUGCCAGCGCUGUCGCCACGGCUACCAGCGCCACCCAUCCCUGCCCCUUAAAUCCCCCCACGCAUGCACACGAUGUUGGUGUGAUGCUCAGGGCUCUUUGCCUCCUUUGCCUGGAGAGGAGGGACCCUGGUGCCACCCCAGGACUGGCCAGUGCCGCUGUAAACCUGGUGUAGGGGGCACAAGCUGCAGCCACUGCCUGCCUGGCUAUUGGGGCCUUUCAGAGGAAGGCUGCAAACCCUGCGCCUGCCCUCACAGCUGUGAUCCCACCACUGGGCAAUGUCUGGACAGCUACACAAAUAAUCAAGUCAUAAAUGUGCCCAUUGGUGGAAAAAUCCCUGAUCUGGAUCACAUGUUCACAAUUGAAGAUGAGGUACAGUGGUCGAAGGAGCUUGCAGUCUCUGCUCUGCAUUACACAGGGAAGUGCAGCUGUAAGGAGAAGAAGCUGAGAAGUGCAUCUGACUUCUGUAAGACCAAACAUGACUAUGUGAUCAAAGCGAGUGUGCUGUCUGCUCAUGACAAAGGGAGCCAUGCAGAAGUGCAGGUCAAAGUUCGGAAGGUCCUUCGAUCAGGGCAGGUGGCGCUCUCUUUGGGGACAGUUAGUAUCUAUCCUCUGUCCUGGACUAGCCGCGGUUGUACCUGCCCCAUACUGAACCCAGGCACAGAGUACCUGCUUGCAGGCCCAGAGGAGCUUGGAAAAGGCCGUUUGCUGGUCACCAUGCAGAGCGUUGUGGUUCCAUGGACACCUCGACUAGGUCUGCUUAUAUCAGAGAGCCUGAGGAAUGGAUGCCCAUGAUCCAUAUGGGGCAAAAACAUGGAACGCACUUCAGAAGAUUUUACAAGAUACUCAUGAGUCAGCGGACAAUUCAGAAAAUGGACUGAAAAUCACGAUCAAGGGGGAAAAUGAUCGAAGAGUCAAACUCAUGAACGGUCUGAUCACAUGUGGGUGUGCAACACAAAAUACUGGUAAAACAGUGAAUAAUUCUUUAGGAGGAAGGACUGAAUGUCUUUCUGUUGUACCCGACUCAAGACGCGACCUGCAAAACUAAUUCACAAAACAACACUGCACAGCAAUAAGCCAGUUUCCUUUUGAAAGUGGCUUAAGUUGGUAAACUACCUUGAUUUGUCUGACAAGUCUUCUGUGAAUAUUUUAUCAUCUCUUUUUUUUUAUAUGCAAAGAACAAUGUGCAAAAGAUUAAACUACUCAUUCAACCAUGUAGAACAUAAGUGAACUGUCAAAGUUUAGUUUCAGAUCUUAAACAUUACUUAUGGGGCAUCAUGGCGGCCGCAACCUUAAGACACUGGCCAUGAUCCAAAUGUCCUCGUUCACAUCCAGCCGGGCUGUUUGUUCUAUAUUAUUAUCAAAUUCAUCAUCUCUCUCCUGUUGACCAUCGAAUAAAUUCAAAUGUUUAUCCCACAAAAA